AGCCGAGCGCGACACUAUAGUAGAAUGGCGGUCUUCGUUUUGGAGGGAAGUGAAACUCUACUCGGGGCUUUCUUGGGGAAAUGCCUGCGGAAAACGCAAAUUUUUAUUUAGAAACAUAUCAUAUAGUUAUCGUUGAAUGCAUUGUGAUGGUUUGGCUCUUCCUACAUACUCGAAUUUAGCCACGAAGGCGGCAUUAGUUCAGGGCCAAGAAAGUCAACACGAUCUGAAGGACAUUUUACAUGAAUUGUUCCGGUAACGGCAAUCGCUUUCUUCAUGGCAGCACAUAAUAACGUGGUAAGAAUCGUACUUCUUUAUUUCCAUGGACAGUGCUUCUUAGUAACUGUCAUGGUAUGUUCAUUCAGUAGCAACUGCGCCUUAACUUCGUAAGCUCGUAUUAACAUUGGAAGGGAAUUCCCGGUAUACAUACAAAUUUUAAUUUGUCAAUUAGAAAGUUGCUACACACACCUUUCUCACGCCUUGAAUAGCGUUAUUGUGUGAUUAAACAUUUAAUUCAUUGAAAUUUUAGGGCAUGAAGGCAGACCCAGAACUACUCUUUUCAAAACUUGAAAGAAUUGGCAAAGGCUCGUUCGGUGAAGUGUAUAAAGGGUAAGUCGAAAUUUCGGUUAAUUUACAUGUGUAGCUCCGAGCGAAGUUUCCUUCCUUGUGGAUAAUUUAUUUUGGCGAGAUCUUAUAGCACUGUGUAAAUGAUAUCAACCAUGUGCUGCAAGGUUUUAUACUUCUGUAGCACAAAAAAGUAUAUUUGCACAGAAGGUCAGUCGAUUGUGGUCUGAAGAUAACGUAUCUUUUCAACGUGUUAACCAGAAUGUAAAUAAUGAUUCAUUUUUUGCAUGAUAAUGUUCCAUAUCUAACUUUCCUACAUUUUCACUUUCGUCGAAAUCCUCGUCAGCGGAAAAAUUAGAAACAAAUGCUUGCUUUUAACUAAGUGAAAUAUCAGAGUAAUACUAUGUGUACAUGAACGUAUUUGGUUCUGUGAAGCUGAUAUCCACCGUUAGCAGUUUUAAUCUGCAUUAUGAUUUAAAAUAAUGACGCAACAUUUGCUGGCAAAAGGAGGAAAUCACUGUCAUGGAAUUUGAAUUUAAUAAUGGUCUCCAUUGCUUACCUUGCACUUGUUAGAAUUUUGAGUCACUGUUUAUGGUGCCUCACUAGUAAAUUACCAGGUUUUUUUUUUUAAGUUUUCCCUUCUCAAAGAUGUAUACUGGUAUAUUGAUAACUGGAUUGAUAAGUUGUUUCAGUGCCUGUGAGGUUCACCCAUUUGAAGUAAUGUUUUCAUGUAAACUUUGAUCAACCUUUUGCCUAAAUUGUUCAAGUUACAUAGAACUAUUGUUGUAUCUCGUAAAUUUCCGUAACUACUGAAUCACGAGAGUGUGACAAGUCAGUUCAUGAUUAAUGGCCACUCAAAGUGCAUGCUAAUCAUUCCAAAUAAGAGCACAAUGAAACCAAACAAACACCAAAUCUUAAGUGAAACACUUUCUUAUUAAGACAAACUUGUAAAUUUGUCGGUGGCAGUCUAAUACUCUGUCCGUUGAAGGGAGUGAUCUGAGCAUAACCUCUAACUGCACAGAGCAUUCUGCCUAUGCCAGUUACUUGUGUAAAUGUGAAUGCUGAAUAUAGCUACAGCAGUAAUAAUGGUUUCCCUUAGUUUAAGCAUGACAAGUGAGAGAAAUUUUCAAACUGCUUGAGCAAUCCUUUACUUGUUGAAUUUUCAAGAAUUCCAAGUGGGUUUAGGCAGUAAUUAGAGGUACUGCUGGUGGUAAAUUUUUAUAGGAUAUCCCCCUUAAAAGGGAGCACUGCAUUCAUUUUAGAAACUGCUUGUAUCUGGGUUUCUUUUCAAUCUUAUUAUGCUCAUUUUCCCAUACUCUUUAUCACAAUCUGAACUUUUUCAACUUGGUUUGAAAAUUCUACAUUAAAUGCAGAUUUCAAUAUGUAACUUCAUUCUCUCCACCUGUCUGUGUACUUAAUUCUUUGCUUUGUUUUGUUUUGACAGCAUAGACAAUAGGACAAAUGCAGUUGUUGCCAUAAAAAUUAUUGAUUUAGAAGAAGCAGAAGAUGAAAUUGAAGACAUCCAACAAGAAAUUACAGUGCUGUCUCAGUGUGACAGUGCAUUUGUCACAAAAUACCAUGGUUCAUAUCUUAAGGUAUAUUUCUUUCUUGUUAGAGGUCACAUAUAGCUCUGUUUGAUGUGCAAUUCUUUGUUUUAAUAGUUCCAAACUAGUAACAAGGGGUAGUCUAUGUUAGGGAAGAUGGCUGAAAAAAAAAAUGAGAAAGAGUUGGCACAAAAAUAAAAAUUGUAGAAAGAAUGCAGUAUUACUCCAUACCCAUGGCACAUGGCCAACCACUCAGCUGUCUGAAACUGUGACCUGCUAGUUUUCUAUGCAACUAGUUGAAAAUGGCUAGUGGCUAGAAGUUGACUGGUUUUUAUCAUCACAUGUUUUAAACCAGUACUUGAGGAGCAAAUUUUGUUUCAAGUUGAAAAAAAUCUCAUAAUAGUUUUCAGAAGAACUUGUACCUUCUGUAGCUAAUAUUUUCACAAAUUGACCUCCAGACAAUUGGCUUUAUGUGCACUAUAACUUUGAAAGGGAAACAAGGCUCAGUAGAAAGCUGACUCAAAACAGAAAAUUGUACUGGUAGCUUUUUCCCAUGCUAAUCAGGCCUUUGUGCCAAGAAGAAAACACUGAAACAUUGUUUAGAAUGAUAGAAGACUUCCAUUUUGAUAUUGAUUGUCAUUAGACAAUAGUGAAAUAAGGCUUUUUAUUCAUGUUUGAGCCACAGCAUGGUUCUUCUUCUGAAGAAAUAGACACUUUGAUUCCUUAAUUCAAACUAUCUGUCCUGGAUGGCAAGGAGUGUAGGUGGUUUGCCAACACCAGUAUAGUUUAUUUAGCAUGUCUUUUUGUUACCAGGGAACAAAGCUAUGGAUUAUUAUGGAAUAUCUUGGAGGAGGAUCAGCUUUAGAUUUGGUAAGGCAGAUGUACUUUAAGAGUUCAUUCUAUACUUCUAUAUUUCAUACAUGUAAACAAAUUUCUUGUGGCAUAAAUGCAUCAUAAUGUUUUUAAUGUACGUAUCCAACAACACUAAUGAGGUCAACAUCACAUCAUUAUGCAGUAUUCACAUCUCAAAAUUGCAAUCAGCUCUCAAUACCAUUUGUUAUAGUUUAGUAGACAACAUACAAUACAGUAAGCUUUUAAUCAUAGUAUGUGUGAAGUCUUUAAUGUAAUACAUAGGUAUCUUGCUCGUUCAACUGUCUGUUUAUUGAUCUUUUUUUACACACAUCCCAGAAUUCCCAAAUUUGUUAGAUUAGGUUGUUCAGGUACCAUGCAAUCCUUCUCAGUUAACUCUCUUUCCGUCUGUUAAGACCUUGCUCUUCUCAGAAAUAUGUUGAGAUAUUUUACUGGAAUUGUAUGGUGCACUUUCCCAUUUUGUCUGUUCAGCUGUACAAAAAAUUCCUUGCUCUGAUUUGUUUAUCAUUAGAUGAAAGCUGGCACAUUUGAAGAAUUUUACAUUGCAACUAUCAUUCGUGAGGUUCUAAAGGGCCUUGAUUAUCUCCAUUGUGAAAAGAAGUUGCAUAGAGAUAUUAAAGGUAUGUCAGGAUUAUCCAUGAAUAAAGUUUCAUGUACAGUACUUGUAUAUAAAGUGUACCUUUUCCUUUUCUAAUCAAUGCAUUAGUAGGUGUUAUGCAGCUGUUUUGAUCCAUUUUUUGAUAGUUGUCUGAAAGGUUGUUCAUUUCUUGUUUACUUAGCGGCUAAUGUGCUGAUGUCAGAAAAUGGUGAUGUUAAGUUAGCUGACUUUGGUGUGGCUGGACAGCUCACAGACACAUUAAACAAAAGAAAUACUUUUGUUGGAACACCAUUCUGGAUGGCUCCAGAGGUGAUCAAACAAUCUGCUUAUGACUCAAAGGUAUAAUUGCUUUGCUUGUCUUUAUCUCAACUGUAGUAUGCUUACACUGUAAGAUUUGUCUAAAGUUGGACUAAUGCGCAGCUGUACACACAUGCCAAUUCCAUAGUUUGAUGUACGUUUUCCAAAAUAGACUAGCUUUUCUCCACAAUUUUUUAAAGCAUCUGAUGUAAAAAAAUUAACUGUAUUUAACUCUUGAAUUUGCAUGUGCAUUUUAAACAAUUGCCUAAUAAUUCAGUGAAUUAACUCUACAACUCCUAAGAUCUGAUUGUUAAUUCUCCCCUUUAGCUGUUACACAUGUCCUUGUGAAGUAUUCAGAAUUUGGAGUAAGAUCAAGUGAAGAACUUCUACCUGAUAAUAUUGAAUGUUCUCAUUACUAUUUGCUGGGUAAUGUUUGGAUAUGAUAGGAAGAAGUUACAUGUUUAUCACUUAUGGGAGUUAAAAGGUUAAUGUUAAAAAAAUAUAUUUUUUUGUAGGCUGACAUCUGGUCUUUGGGAAUUACUGCAAUUGAACUUGCGAAAGGAGAACCUCCUAAUUCAGAUCUUCAUCCCAUGAGAGUUUUAUUUUUAAUACCAAAGAAUAACCCUCCAGAACUGACUGGAAACUUCAGCAAAGCAUUUAAGGAGUUUGUUGCUAUGUGUCUUAAUAAAGAUCCCAGUGAUGUGAGUGUAUUUUGAACCAUUUGAUUCCCUAAUCAGAAGGGUUUUGCUAUACAGGCCUGUUUCUCAUGCUCUACUGACACUCACAAGGCCCUAUAGAGUUAUCAGUAAAGACAUUUGCCUUUGUAAAGCAAUGGGAUACAACAUGUUUAUGAAAAUUAUUGAAGGUUAUCUUUCAGUAUUUUUCAUAGACUCUCUUGACAGUUUUACAGAGUCCAUGUAGUACAAAGUGCACUGUGGAAGGGAGAAUACUCUGUAGUGUGAGAUACUAUUCUUACUGAGCACUUAAGUGAAAAUGAAGGAAGAAAAAUGGAUUAGCAUUCCAUCUUCAAGGCGAGAUAAAAUCACAAAGCUAACAAAACAAUAAAGAAAGAAAAAAUAACAGUGACAAGGAGGCCAGAGAUGUGUGCUCUUUUUCAGGAAGCUUUUAUCAUUUUUAAACAUGUAAAAUGUGCACCAUGUACCAGAAAAUUUAUCCUAAGCAUUUAUUUGUCCACAGAGACCUACAGCAAAAGAGCUUUUAAAGCACAGAUGGAUUCGAACUGCAAAGAAAAAUUCAUACCUAGUGGAAUUAAUAGAAAGGUAUAAAAACUGGAAACAGAAAUGUAGAGAUGAUGAUGAUAGCAGCUCAGGAGAGGAAAAUGAAGAGUAAGUCAUUAUUCUUAAUUUGUCAUCUUUUCACCUUUGCCAUUGAACAGAAUACAAUGUAUAUGUGUGUUGUGGUAUUUUUAAUUUAGUAAUUUUAGGUAGAUGGCACAUUGUUGUUUAGGUUGGAAAUUUAUAAUCAACCUCUUUUCACCAAAGUGCCUCUUAAAUAUGGUCAAAAGAAAAAAAGAGAAGAAAAAUGGCCAAGUCAGGGGUAGUAGUUUUUUUACUGUUACUGUGGUCAUCUUUUACAGAGAUGGAAACAGUUCUGGGGGAACCUCUAGGUGGAUUUUCCCUCCUGAGAAAAAUCCUUUUGUUGGAGGAGAAGGUGAAUCAUCACUCAGUCAUGAAAAUGACCCCACAGCAGCACAGUUGAAUAACACAAAUACUUCUGAAGUAAGUUUUCUCCUUCUUCUCUGUUGUGUCUUACUACUGUAUUUAUACUCAUGACAUUUCAAUUUUAUGAGGUAACAAUGACACUCAGGGUUCAGACGGGUCCUGGAAAACCCGAAUAGUCCUGGAAUUUUAUUUCGACAUUUUGCAGGACUUGAAAGUUCUUGAUAAAGACUACAGGUGUGAAAAGUCCUCGAAAUAUGUUUAAUUCAAACACUAAUUUUUUUUCAAAAUUUACAUUAUAAGAAUUGUAUGUAGAGCAUAUGAGGAGCAUUGAUUUUGAAAUAUUUGGAAAUUAAAGGAUUUAAGGCGAAAUUUGGAGUCCCUGAAAAAUCAAUCUGAGUCCUGGAAAAGUCCUGGAAAUUUGUUUCUGAAAAAGGGUACAAACCCUGCAAGAAAAUACUGCCCACAACAGCACUAUUGAAUAACAAAAAAAAAAACACCCCAACCUCAAAACUUUAAUUCAACUGAAAAAAGUGAUUUUUUUACUCGUUUUGUUUCGGCAAAUGUUACUACUGUGAAACUUAUUUUAAGGGAAAGGACAGUCAAAGUUGAUCCAAAUAUGUUGGAGUCCGAAAAAGUUGCACUCCUUUUUUGUGGUACAAGUACUAACCUUGCUUCUGUGUUUCAACUUUUAGGUACCAAAAGACAAAAGUAAAGGAGAAAAACCUCCAUCAAAAUAUUUAUCAACCGUUUUGUUACCAACACUGACAAAGGUAUGCAUAUGCAACCGGUUUUUUUUACUUGUCUUACGCAACAUUCUCUACAGCAUUGCUACAGGAUGAUCAGUCUCUCUCGAGGAAUCAAGUUAUUUCGCCAACACCUUAGAUCGAGAGGGAAACUGUAGGAGAGAUCUUGGUGUGAAUUAACUGAUUCCAUACUGGUAAUUUUGUUGGGGAAAAACUAUUCAUUCUCAUUGGCUGAGUGAAUUGCCGUUCUCAGAUAGUACAAUGUACAAGGGAGGUAUUUCGGUUGAAGAGAAGGUAACAAACUGGUUAGUAGGGCUUUGAACUUUUCUUGCAGCUAAUGAAAAAACACGUUGAGAGAAUUGAUUUUUUUAUGGAACACAUUCGUUUUGACCGAACGCCCAACUGCAUUUGCUGGGUAUGGACAAAAUCAUUUUUGUGUUACUGGCGUGCUUUGCUUCUGCAUACUUAUGAAAAGCUAUCUCAACAUAUCAAAAAUAACAAGCGAUUACUUGAUUUUUCUUGUGCAAUUUGGAACAAAUGAGAACUCUUAAUUUUGUUUAAGACUACGGAUUGCACUCACCCUACGGGCAAGUGGAAUUUUGUUUUUGUCUUAGUGGUUAUUUUUUCUAAUUGCAUUUAAAAGCCUGCGAUUUACUGCUUAUAUGUAAAUUCCCAAAAUUAAAACUUCGGUCUUGUCUUAAACACGGCUCGAGUUUAAAUAUGGAAUUACAUGCAAUAACCCUAUGUUAUUCAUUAUGAGAGUAAAGAAAUCUUAGUGACAGUGUUCGUGUUAUUUUCUUUCUGCAGCUAAAUAAAAGUCAAGGUGGCCAGGGACGAUCUGUAGAGCAUCUUAUGGAUGCAUUUAAAUCAAUAGAGACGACCUGUCCAGGCUUUAGUGACAACUUUGUAGAAAAGAUUGUAGAGAAUGUAAAACGGUCUAAAAGGUCAGUUGUAGGUUUGGUAUUUUGCCAUCUGACAGAAUUAUCAAGGUUGAUUGGACCUGAAAAUGUACCCGUACAGUCUAUACUUCUUCCGCUGGGUUUAAGCUGCAUUUACACUAGCACAUUAUUGUCAUUGGCAAGGGGAUUGUUCUUGGAAAAUUUAGUGUGGUGUCUCUAUCUUUAAACUAAGCUACCAGAUUUUUAGGAAGGUUUUGAGGGAAUUUAUUACAUUUGGUAAACUGAUGUAUCCCCUGCAGUAGCAGUAACCCAGCACAUAAUGACAGGAACAUGACCAACGGGCUGAACUGAACGACGAAACUUUACCGACGGGUCGAAAACGACCAAUCUCAAUUGAACACAUCUCCUUUAGUCACAUACACAAUGCCCAGUAACGUUGCUACAAAACCAAUGAAUCAGUCUUUGCAAACCAGAAUUGACCCUGAUGAUGACUUCCGUCCAGGUUGUCAAAGCGUCAGUCACCGCAUCAACGGACAUCAGUCCGAGAGUUUUUUUUUUUGAGGGUGGAGUGGGUGGGGGAGCUUAUUGGAAAGUUAAUGCUCUAGCCGGGAGGUGCGGAUUAAACCGAAUCUGACUUAAAGUUUGGUCAUUCUACAGGUGAUAACAAGAUCAAGAACAAGAACGCAAGGGACCACUUUGUACAAGUCGCGCGAUCACUUCAUCAGCUUUAACUUAUUCCUUGUUAAAAGAAAACAUAACUUUUAUCACAGAACGUUUUAGAAAGAGAAAUUGUACAGUCUAGCGUAUCGCUUUUUUUUUUUUCAUAAAGUCGAAUGAAAGUAAUAAACCAAUCCUAAAUAGAGUUUAACACGUUUUGUAAAAAGUUAAUCAGUAAUCAAGAAUGCAAAGAAAUUCUAGAUCACAGUAUUUUAGGUAUUCUUUGCUUAGAUUUCAGCUUUGGAAAAAACAAAAACAUUUCUUAGCUUUGUUUUGUGUAUUCUGUCGCCAUUGCGCCAUUUAAUUGUUUCUUUGUUUGCUCAUGAAAGAGCACUGAAGAUAUGUGCAGUCUCUCACUAUCAUCAGUCCAGGGUUUGAAAUCUUUGUAAACUUUUUCUUUAAAGCAUUUCUAUUUUGUUCGUAUAUCAUUCAGACACCAUUACAACAGUCUUGGUAGAACAUGUAAGAUGUACUUUGUAAUGCUUGCGUCACGUAACAGCUCAAGACCCUUGCUGUCUGUUAUUAUCCAAAGGAAACAUGAUCACCGAAAUAGCUUGUUUUCUCCUGGGUUUGUACCCCUCCAAUGUGAGAUUAAAAAAUUAGAGUUGCAAAGGACUGCAAGAGAUCAGAAGACGGGAAAAUAGUAAAGAUAAUGAGGGUUAAUAUUUGCUAAAUACUGGUAGUGUUUGCAACACUUCUGUUUAAAAUUCUUGAUCGUCAGUAAUAAAAACUUCUUGAUGUCUCCACGAGUUUCUGCACGUUGGUUAUACCAUGGUUGAUAUAGCGCGCUAACUUUUAAUUAUGAAAGUAAGAAAUACCAAAUACUUUGCAUUUUACAAAUUUCUUUGAACAAGGCGAAUUGUUCAGAAAUCGUGAAUAACAUUUCCAUUAACUGAAUGCACAGCAUCUAAAGACUGUUUGGUCGUGGUUGCUGUCGGCACGUGAAGAGUGGCAAGAUGGGCAUGAUUCACUUCAUGAUAGCAGCCUUACUCUACUUAAAUGGGAGAGUCUUUAAGGAAAGAAUCUGUAGAUCCUUCCACUCUCUAGUGGAGUUAAAUUAUUGGCUUUGCCGGAUUGCCUGGGUCAGGUAACAUGAAAAUAUGAUAGCACUUGCUAACAGGGAAAAUCCAGAAAAAAAUGAAGUGAAUUUAGGCACUGUACCUUCUGGCGCCUUCACACUGCUUCAGCUUUUCUCGGUUUCAAUAGCAUGAAGCGACUGGAAGUUUUGCAAAUGCUACUUCCUCUAACAUUUCGUCAAGUAUCCCUAAAAGUUUGUUGGUAACUAAUAAUAUUCUUAGGCGGAGAAUUGUAUUGAGAAAGUAAAAUGUUUUACCCAAGAAAAGCACCGCGAAAAGUUUGAUGGUAACUAUUAAUACUAUUAAGUGGAGAAUUGUA